CACCGAGUUAACUCAGCCAGUCAACCCAGACGAUUCUCUUUGCCUCCUUCCAUUUCAUCUGCAGGGGUCCAAUCUGUUUCAACGGGAAAACAAUACUCUAAUGUUGUAAUUUGAGGGAAUCUGAUCUACACACUUGGUUUCGCUUCCAGCUUCAGCUCCAAAACCGCUACCAAGCCUACCUCUCACAUCAAGGUAAGCGCCGGGAAAAAAACUACAUUCAUGUAUAACACAUAUACUAGCUCAACUUUACUUUCUGGUAGGAGAAAAGGGUCUGUUUCUUUUUCCUUCAAUGACUAUUCAAACUUGUUGAAUGAAAGAUUUUACCAAAUCCCACUAUCACCAUCACCUUGUUGUUGUUCGUGUUCUUGCCAUUGUUUUUCGUCAUCAUUUGACUCCAAUAGGGUGCCCUUAAAUCCUUCAUUGUUGUAUGGUUUAAGGCAAUCCACCAUUAUUCAGUGUUCUCCUUCGAGAAGGCUGAUCUUGGGUGGAAGGGGCCGUUAUCAUUAUAGGGUCCCUGUUUAUGGCCUUGAUAGUGAAUGUUAUGAGGUUUCUUGCUCUUUGAAGCAAAGGGGUUGUAAUGAAUGGAUUGGCAGGAGAAGAAAGAAAAGUGUUGGGUAUGCAAAUUCGAGUGAAAGGCAAUGCUUAGGCGACGCAGAGGCUGUGAUUAGCUUGUUGAGUGAGGAAUUCAGUGAGGAGUUUUUAGGCGAUACAAAAAGAAAUAGGAGAAUUUUAAAGAGUGGGGAAGUGGGCAAGAGAGGGGAUUAUGUUGUCGGUUCUUAUAGGAGGAAGAAGAAAGAUGUUGGGUUGGGUUUGUCCGACUGCAAUUCAAGGCAGGGAGCUUCUAAAUCGGCUGCUGUUGACUUGAGAGAAGUAGGGUAUGGAAGUAAGGAAAAGAGGGAAGAAAAGGAAGCCUCAGCUAGAGGAGAGAAUCUUAGAGGAAGGAGAGAAGAUUCUAGUUGUUCAUCUUAUUAUUCUUUGUCAUCUUCUGGGGUUGUGGAGAGUGAUUUAGAAGUUCUGGAUAACCAUGAGCAAAUGGUGGGAGAGUUCAAGAGGCAUGCUGAUUAUGUAAAGGAUCAUGCAGAAGUCUUGGAAAAAAGAAAUUCUUUGGCAGCGAGUUGCUCUGAGCAGGAUUGGAGAAAGAAGUCUGAGAAGAAGCUGACUGACGUAUCAAUUGAAGGAACACAUUCUAUAGGGCAAUCCUCUAAAUUGCAUGGUGAAAGUGAUCAAGCUGAGGCUUCCAGCUUUCAUAAUCGUAUUAAUCAAGAUGAGUCCUCUUUGUCCAUGAAUUUUGACAAGAGAACAAGAAACCAGUUUGGUCAAAAGGAUGAGGAAAUUAGACAAAAGUCUUUUUCGGAAAGGAAAUGCCAGGAACUUGAUAAAGUUUCAAGGCUCAAAGACAGUGGUGUUGGAACAACUUCUCAAUUGCAACAACAGUUCAGUGGUAGAGAAGGAAACCAGAGAAUUGCUACAGAAUCUACUUUUGAAACUGGAGAUAAUUAUCAUAAUAUAGUCAGCAAUAGGGCUGAUAAAGAGAUGUGUUCUAACUUGAGAAUGGAGUCUGAAUAUAAAAUGAUGAUCAAAGAAGAAGAUACAGCCUUGUCCCAAAGUUCGGUUGAGGAUAUAAAAGAGAAACGACACCCAACGGGUGGGAGAAUCACUGGAGCAAUUGAUUCUGGAAGAGAAUCUCAAAGGCUUUCUGUAAUGUCAGAAGUUCACGAGAGUAAUUGUGGAACAACAUCCAACUUUCAAAUUGAAACUGGAACAAAAAACAAAGAUGAGAGUUUGAGCCUGAUAUCUAGUUCCCAUCAAGAAUCUGCAAAGCUUAUCUCCCAAGUAGAUCGAAAAGAUCUUGAGAGAAUUCAGUUUAGAAGAGGGUCUCAAGAUAUAACCAGUAUGUCAGUUCAAACCAGUGAUAGAGAAACAGACAGUACUACUCGACGAAAUUCUGAAAAGAGAAUGAUUGAUCAAGGAAGAAAUUCGACUUCGGUUGUGAAAACUUUGAGGGAAACAAAAGAAAAGCAUACUCAAACUGAUGAAACAGAGAUUCAAUUUAAAUCAAAAGAGGAGAAUCAAAGAGCUACUAAAGUAUCAAUUCAUCUUGAAAAAGCCUCAGAAGAGGCCUCUGGUGUCGAAUCAUCUCUAAAUUUGGUUUCACAAGCUGGUGUGCAACAGGUUCAUGUAAAGGAGGGUGGUCAGCAAAACAUAAGGGCAAUGUUGAUGCCUCCACCAUCUCAGUUGGUGGCUAGAGAUUCACAACAUGUUGAUCCAGUUGGUGGGACUGCAGUAGAGCUUUCCUAUGAAAGUGACUCCAGUGCCUUAAUCACUAAUUCAGCAGGGAGCACUCCAGCUAUGCAACAUGAAACAUAUGGCAGAGAUGCUCAGAGUGAGAAUUAUGGGAAGCCUUUAAACGACAGUACCCAUGAAGUUACUCUGAGUUCAGUUCGCCGUUUUGAUGAAUCAUCAACGCAUUUUGUUGGAGAGUUUUUUGACAAGGCAAGGGAUGCAGUCUCAACCUCUGAUGUCCAAAGAGAGAAUGUAUCCUUGAACGAAGAAUUUAUGCAUGAAGGUCAAGGCCAUAUGCAAAAGAGGUCGGGUCAAUAUGGUUCUGUAGAAUUUCAGUCGAAGGAACACGACUCAAGGUACUCAUCUGCAAGUUCUGCGGGAAAGGGCCCUUCUGCUGCUAUAUGGGAUGUAAGAGAUACAUCUGUUCAGCAUCCUCCAGAGGUAGAAGAAGCACCAGAGUCUGAUGGGAGUGCCAUUGUCAGAAGAACGGGCAGGUCUUUAUGGAGCAUUAUUACAGAUGUUGUUCGACUGCGGUGGCAUUCACGUGUCAAAACACCUAAUUCAGAUGCAAGAUCAGGUCAAAAGAACUCGUCAAAUGAGUCUGUCAGCAGUGAGGCAUGGUUCUCUGGCCAUGAAGCUGAUGAAACCAGCGAUGGAAUUGUAAAGGGGGAAAGAAGAAGAAUGCUGCGCAAAGCCUCUCAUCUUCAUCGGCUACAACUGGAGAAAAGUUCAAUUCAAAGUGAAGAUGAAGAUCCCGAAGGGAUGAGAUUAAAGGAUAAAGUAAGACAGCCUGGAGGAAAAAAAUUGUCUCCAUCUACUAUGUUUAAAAGUGAAUCGCCAUCCAGAGGUGUUUCCUCGAAUUCUGAGGAGGAAACUAGUAGAAAUGAAGAUGGACAGAGUUCUCAAGGUGCCUCUAUUGGUGUAAGAACAGAGGAAAAAUUGCAACCAUUGCCUUCUAGAAGCACUAGUAAAUCACCUAUCAUGGAAAAAGAUUCCGGCGCUGCUAGAACGAAUGUACCUACGAAUGUACCUGGCGGUGGCUCAAUGGAGCUGAUGGUGCAACCCAUUAGUUCAAAAUUAAGUGAAGUGUCAGGGUCUGGGAAGAAGGAGGGGGAACUAAAACAAAGGAAGCUUCAGCGUAAUACACAAGUUCCACGUGAUAAAUUUGAUGAUUGGCAAGAAGCAUAUAGACUAGAAUGUGAGCAGCGAAAAAUUGAUGAAAUGUUUAUGAGGGAAGCACUAAUAGAAGCUCAGAAGGCUGCCGAUACUUGGGAGGUGCCUGUUGGGGCACUUUUAGUGCGAGACGGAAAGAUUAUUGCUCGUGGAUACAACCUAGUGGAGGAGCUACGGGACUCCACAGCUCAUGCUGAAAUGAUCUGUAUACGGGAGGCUUCCAACCUGCUCAGGUCAUGGAGGCUCACGGAGACAACAUUAUAUGUAACCCUUGAACCAUGUCCCAUGUGUGCUGGGGCAAUACUUCAAGCAAGAAUCAACACUCUCGUAUGGGGAGCUCCCAACAAACUUCUUGGAGCUGAUGGCAGCUGGAUCAGACUUUUUCCUAGUGGAGGAGAAGGAAAUGGUUCUGAAACGUCAGAUAAGCCAGCUGCUCCAGUUCAUCCGUUUCACUCAAAUAUGACAAUCCGGCGACAGGUUUUGGAGACGGAGUGUGCAGAUGCUAUGCAGCAAUUCUUCCAGCUUAGGAGACGGAAGAAGGAGAAUAAAUCAGAACCAUCUUCCUCGCCUUCAGAUAUUCCCAUGUCAAACCAUCCAUCAAAACUUCUCAAUAAAAUGCAAGAGAUCUUCCACAUUAUGUUCUGUUUGUGAAGAAUUGCGAUGUGUUUUUUUCUGGAAGUGUAGUUACUCUUGAAUCAUAUCUGGUUACACUGAUUCAUGUCUUUUAACAGAAUUUGUGGACUGCGGAUUAUCAUAUCAGAGAGUGAACCUAUGAUUGUGAAUGUGAUGGUAAUAGAUGACGAUCCUCUCA